AUGCCCAAGCCAGAGCAAGCACGUCUUAGGUUCAUGGCCGUCUUCUUCGGCGCCAAUGACGCGUGCCUACCAGGGAGUGCGACAGGUCAGCAGAUACCGCUCAACGAAUACAAGAAGAAUCUGAGAGAUAUCCUUGAGCAUUCAAGCGUCGUUGCACAGAAACCUCGACUGAUCCUUCUCACGCCUCCCCCCGUCAACGAGUAUCAGAUGGAAACAUCCGAGCGAGCCCGGGGAUACAAGGAUCCACUAAGGUCCGCAGAGCACACAAAGGAGUACGCAGAUGCUUGUCGUCAAGUCGGAGCAGAGGUUGGAGUUGCCGUGCUUGACGUUUGGUCCAUCUUCAUGGCAAAGGCUGGAUGGAAAGGGGGCAAACCACUGGUAGGCUCGAAGAAGGUGGCGAGGAGUGAAGUUCUGGAGAAGCUGCUGAGUGACGGGCUGCAUUUUCGACCAGACGCAUAUCGGCUUCUUUACGAUUCAAUGAUGGACUUGAUCCAGAAGGAGUGGCCCGAUCAAGCUCCAGACAAUCUACGCUUCAUCUUCCGAUCAUGGCCGGAAGCACCUAAGUAA